AAGGGAGGGGGGAAAUCAAACCGUCAAGGAGCGCCCUUCCCCCAUCCUCUUUCCGGCCUUCUCCCACUGCGCAGGUGCAGGAGUGAAGCAAGAUGGCGGCCCCCGUGGAUUUGGAGUUGAAGAAGGCCUUCACAGAGCUUCAAGCCAAAGUGAUUGACACUCAACAGAAGGUGAAGCUUGCAGACAUACAGAUUGAACAGCUAAACAGAACGAAAAAGCAUGCACAUCUUACAGAUACAGAGAUUAUGACUUUGGUAGAUGAGACUAACAUGUAUGAAGGUGUAGGAAGAAUGUUUAUUCUUCAAUCCAAGGAGGCAAUUCAUAAUCAGCUGUUAGAGAAACAGAAGAUAGCGGAAGAAAAAAUUAAAGAAUUGGAAGUAACAGAAAAAAUCCUACCUGGAGCGGAGUGUGAAGGAAGCUGAGGACAAUAUCCGGGAGAUGCUGAUGGCACGAAGGGCACAGUAGGAAGCCUCUAGGGAAGCUCUUCCCCCUGACCCCUGCCAUUCCUGGCCAGGGGCCUGUAUAGGGAAACUGCUUCUGCUCUGCCUGAUGGACAUUUUAUCUGGAUGGUCUGGUAACCCUAUGUUUUAUGCACCACCUGGAGCCCCUUUCAGAUCCCAUCCCUGUAUUUUUUAUCCUGGCUCUGCCUGCCACCCUUCUUCCCUGGGGGUGAGUCAUGAACCCCCAGGAGAGGGAAGAUGGGAGCCGGGACAGAUAGGAGAGCUCUUCCUGGGCCUACGACUAGUCACACUGGUCAGACCAAUAAAAGACAUCUGUCCCACUCUG